AUGGGCGACGAGAGAGAAGAAUCGAGUAAUUCGGACUCUGAUGCUUCUUCUCAUGAAUCUUGUUAUCCCACCGGUAGUCUUUUUCGACCGAACACCAAGAAGUACGACAUAUUGCUACCCUUAGAUCGCAUGAUAGUUGGAGAUGAAAAGCGUUCUCCUAAUACUAUUGUAUUUAGUACGAUGGCAGUAUUUUCCUUGCGGUUUUCACAAAAAGGACACGAGAUUCUCUGUGGAGGUUCGGACAGAAGCCUACAUAUUUUUGAUCUGGAGUCCAUGACUAGGAUUGUUACGAUUAAUAAUGCACAUGGUGACGAUGUUAAUGCUGUGUGCUAUGGUGAUACAGACUCUCAUCUUCUCUACAGUGGAGGUGACGAUGGACUUGUUAAGGUGUAUGACCGCCGUGCCCUUGGCGAGUUGGAUCACCAACCUGUAGGAGAUUAUGGUACAAGAGAACAUUUUGAAAUCUCUUUUGGUAAUCUGUUGACCUUAAGGCAUCUCAUCAGUAAUUCGAAGGACCAAACGAUAAAACUCUGGGAUUUGCGUCGAUUUUCCAGUUAUAGAACUGUGCAAAAGACGUUGUACUGCGUGCGGAAGCAGUCAUGGGAUUAUCGCUGGCAGCCGGCUCCAAAUACCAAUUAUUCGCCCCUUAAAGGGGACACAUCUGUGGCGACAUUUCGUGGGCAUAGUGUGCUACACACUUUGGUAAGAGCGAAGUUUUCUCCAAGUCGAACUGGAAGGCGAUAUAUUUAUACGGGUUGUGCGCGUGGAGAGGUUAUUAUUUACGACCUUCUGGCAAGCUCUCCCUCAGGGAUGUCCACGUUUGACGCAAGCCUAGAUCCAGUUAUUUGUCGUCUACCUGGCCAUAUGGGGGUCGUUCGCGACGUCGAUUGGCAUCCGACAAAUAACGAAAUAGUGACUAGUGCAGUAAGUAUUUAA